UACAGAAAGAGGUGGGGGGGAAGGAGGGAAGCGGGCAUUAAGGAGGAGGGGUAUGCGAGGUUGUCUCGCUCCUGCAUGCCAGCCGGUGUAAGGCUGCCGCACUCGCCAAGCUGAAGGAGACCUCCAAGGAGGCACACCAGAGACAUGGCCUCUAUGGCGGCAGCUAUUGCUGCUGCCCGGACCUCGUCCAUGUCCGUUAACCGGCCUCUGAAUGAGAAGGAGAGGAAUCGCUUCGCCUACUUCUCUUCCCUUAACUCCAUGGCCAAGAAGAUCAUGCAGGACAAGGAACGGAUCCGGGAGCGCUAUGGUGCCGAAUGGGACAAGAUGCCCCCCAAGGAGCAGGACGAGGCCAUAGACAAGGUUUUGGUGGAUCCCCAGCUGCAGUCCAGAUAUGCCCUGCACAGAGGGGCCGCCGACCCCCAGCCCGAGUCCUGCUACCCCGUGCUGAAGACGCAGACUGGCCAGAAAGUGGUCCACUUUGGAGAAGAGGAUAUAACUUGGCAGGACGAGCACUCAGCCCCCUUCUCCUGGGAGACCAAAAGUCAGAUGGAAUUCAGUGUUGCAUCUCUCUCCCAAGAUGCAGCCAAUGGUCCAUCACAGACUGACCUUAAGCAAACACCUAAGUCAUCCAACCAAAACAACCAAAUUAAGACCCCUCAUGGAAACCAAAACUCCAAGGCCGUCCAAGGUAGCAAAACACCCAACAGCGAUGUGUCGACUCCAGUCAGGAAAGAGGAAGAAUCAGCCUUCUGGAAAAUAAGCAUGGAACGGUCCAGAGUUGAAGGAUCGCUGUCUGAAUUCCAGUCGUUAACACCUAGUCAGAUCAAAUCCUUAGAAAAGGGAGAGAAGACCCUUCCUAUCUACUACAGACAAGAUUCCUUUCAGAAAGAAAAAGAUCCAGUGAAGGGAGGAAAACCUGAGAAGCCAGCUGUGGCCAUUGAAAGGCCAGCUACAGUGAUGGAGAAGCCAAGUCUGGCCAUUGAAAAGCCAAUUGAGAAAACAGCCAUAUCCUUCGAGAAGCCAUCUGUGGUGACCAAGCAGCCAAAGACAACCAACUCUAGUCUGGCCUCUGUCCUGGAUUUCGAGAAGCCUCGACCAAGCCAGUCUUCUGUCAGCACGUUGGAUGAUGUUUUCUUGCCAGAACCAACAGCACCAGUACAAUCACUGAAAGAUACAAUCAGGGAACCAGCCAAUGAUGAUUCCUUCACAGCAGAAUCUCAACUCUUCUCACAGAUUAACACUAGUAGUGUUCUCUUGAAGACAGGAUUCGAUUUUCUAGACAACUGGUAAUGCGGAUCCAAAGUGCCUGCGACCUGUUGGAAACAAAUAUGAAGAUAGAUUUCCUUUUAAAGCCGGUGUUGUAAUCUGCAAAUUCCUGCCGCCUUAGAACGUUUUUUUGUAUAACUAUCACGUUAUUCUGUAUAUUUUUGUGAAAUGUUCAUCAACUUAACCUCUAUGUCUGAUUUUGGUAAGGUCAAGCUUUUUUUAUUAAAUUUUGGUAAGGUCAAGCAUUUUAUUAAGGUGCAAUAUGUCUGGUUAAUAAGCGUAGAGAUAAAUCUCUUUACGGGAUUUGAAUUAUGACUCAUUUGGAGACUAACUCCCAAGUACUUAUUUUCUUCUAGUGCUUUUGUAUUGUUUGUAUACGUAAUUUGAUAUACUGUUGAUGGACGUCACAUUGUUCGUUAAUGUGUUUUUCAUCAUAGAACUCUAUAAUGUCCAACUAGUGCGUGUGGUUACAUGGCACGGUCUGCAGUACUCGCACCAACACAUCUAUGUCUCACCAGAGGGGGUGAUCAGUAUAACCUUAAAUCUAUAUUGGGUUCCAACAUAUAGAGAGUAAAAGGUAAAAUAUAAUUAUAACAUUCGAAAAAAACAUCCACUCCACAUCUCUUUUCUUCAUUAUGCUUCUGUACAACAUAUUAUGUAACAUCACAGUUUAUCUGUUACCUGAGAAGUCCAUUGGUUUUCAUGGGCAAUAUGUUCUGCAACUAAUCUCAUAAACUGGUGAUGGGAUUUAUUUCAACUAACCAUGAAACAGCAGAAAAAAACAAA